CGAGAACUGACAUUUACCGCACAAAAGGUUCGGUCAGUGAGGUGUUUUCGCAAAUAAAUUUAAAAUUAACAACAAACUGCAGUGAACUGUGCCAUUGCAGAUAGCGUGGAAGUAAUGAGACAAGACAAGCUAUAAUAUUACCUUACACCGUCAUGAUCUAACGGCUGGUGUAGUAAAUUAUUCAGUGUUAAAGUUGGGUGGGAAUACUUUUUGGUAAUAAUGUCGAAGGAUCAGGAUUCAUCGGCCGGCGAGGCACAGGAGUCCCUUCUCUACUCGGCGAGGCACGGAGAGCUGUCGGUCGUGAAGGCCAUGCUCGAGGCGCGGGAGGAGGGCAAGCUCACAUUGGAUAUUAAUUGUAAAGGACAAAGCAAGAGCAACCUGGGCUGGACUCCGCUGCACCUGGCCACAUACUUCGGUCAUGCGGACGUGGUGCGAGCACUGCUGGAGGCCGGGGCUGACGUGGACGAGGUCAAUGAGACCGGAGACACUGCACUGCAUAAAGCGUGCUUCAUUGGUAAUGAGGAGCUGGUGAUCCUGCUGCUGAACCACAAAGCUGACGUAAACAUCAUGAAUGGGGAGGGUCGCACUCCAUCAGAGGUAUGCAAGACCGGCGACGUCCGCCGUCUGGUGGACGCGGCGGCGCGCGCCGAGCGGCUGCGCGGGGAGCGCGCCCUGCUCACCGCCGCCAGGGAGGGCAACAUAGAGGAUAUACAGCAGCUGCUAAGCGGCCCGUACCCGCCGAACAUCAACUGCGUGGACGCCGUGGGCAACUCGAGCCUGCACUGCGCGGCGUACCGCGGCCACGCGCGCGUCGCCGUGCUGCUGCUGCAGAACGGGGUGGACACCACCGUGAGGAAUAAUAGCGGUCAACUGGCAGUAGAGUUAGCCAAAGACUCCGAGAUGCGCGAGGUGUUGAGCGUGCGUCCCGUGCAGCGGCUGCAGAGAGCGGCGAGGGUUGAGGGACCGCUGCUGAAGAGGUCACGGUUCUUGGGAUGGAGGCCUGUCUGGGCAGUUCUCCAACGCGGGGUGCUCCUCUACUACGGGUCUCGCGCGGAGGCAGCUCGCGAGGGCGGCCGCUACCGAGCCAAGCAGUACCUGGACGGAGCCAGAGUAACCGCCCCGGACAGCGAGCCCGCUUUGAUUGUGGUCAACUUCAGUGACGGUGACAUGCAUAGACUGGCCAUGCCGCAGGGGGAGAAAGAUGUCGUGGCUUUGAGACAGACGUGGAUAACAGCAUUACAAGAGCACAUCGCGUACUCCGGCCACUACCUGUGGGCCGGCGCCUCGCCCGACUCCGCUAAAGAAGCGACGGAGGAUCUGGAAGAUGAGAGUAAACCACUUGGAUCAAUGCAAGACGCACUGACAGCGGCGACCAACAGCCUGGCGCUACUGGAGUCCCAGUUGCGAGAGUGUGGAGCCAUCGUGGGUGCUCUGGAGAAGAGCGUCUCAGUCGGGAAUACGCUGCACCAGUCUGCGUAUAUGAGGUUCCAGCACGUGUGCGGCACGGGUGCAGAGGCUCUCUCCUCACUUCGGCACUGCGCCGCGCUGGUAACUCAGGCACGGGACGCCGACCAGGCACGGCUUAAUAGAGAGUUGGAAAGGAACAGAGUUCUAGAGGAGGCUCUGGCAGCGCUGGCGAGGACGCAUCACGCGCUCGAGAUGUCUGUUGCAGAGGAACUCACUAACAAGAGUAAAAGAAAGAAAAAGUUGUCUGUGAACGAAUCCAAAGAGAACUUCUUCGAUGUUUAUGACGACGACUCCGACGAGGACGACACGCUGGUGACGGCGGGGCUCAACAGUCCCCUUGGAGCUCUGUCGCCCUGGAGCUGCAGCCCCGAGCUCACGCGACGCACGCCGCAGGGCAGCGAUGGCGAAAGGACCCCAACCAACGAAGACCUGGACUUCCACCACCGCCCCCUCGACUCGUCAGGCUCGCAGCUCUCCCUCCACACGGCGCUCAGCCCCGCCAGCUCGCUCGGCACACUCGUGUCCACUGGCGGACACGUGUACCGGAACGCACGGCGGCACAGGAUACAUGGGAAGUUGAGUUCUCAAUGGUCGAUUUGAAUGAAGUGACGGUUAGUGUAGUACCUACCGCACAAUCAAAGCACAAAACAUACUUAGUUUAUAAUUAGACGAUUUGCACAAAACAAAUAUAUCUUCAACAGUCAGAAAUUAGAUGUUAUUUAGUUUAAAAAGUGCUUAUAACACACCUUUAAAUAUAUAUGGAAAGGUCAGCAUUUAUAAAAUGUAUAUUUACUAGUUUUAACUGGAUGAGGGAUUUUUAUUUUAUACAAUGACAUGGGAUUUAUGUUUUUGCGUAAUAUUUUUUAUAAUUAAUGCAUUUAAUUAAGAGCAUAGAAUUUGUGAUUGAAAAAUUAAUUGGCUGUGAUAUUAUGUGCCUUGGAACUUUAUAAGUUUAAAAUAAUUCAAAACAGAUCAAUUGUGAUAAUUUUUGCUUUAUUUAAGUACAAAUUUUGUAUUCUAGUUAACAGUAUUAAAAUUAAAUAUUAUUUUAAUGAA